AUGGCUCCGCGAUAUGCCGUUGCCGAUUCAGACCCCGAGUCUGAGCACGACCUGUCGGACACAUCCCCGCAGCCCUCCGAUAAGAAACUAGAGCAAACUCUGCGCGAAACGGUCGCCACAAUAUUCAAGACAGGGAAGACGGAGGAUUUGACGGUCAAGAGAGUCCGGUUGGCAGCCGAGAAGGCACUGCAACUAGAAGAUGGUUUCUUCAAAUCCAAUGGCGACUGGAAAGCGAAAAGUGAUCGUAUAAUCAAGGAUGAAGUAGAAAUACAAGAUGCUGCAGCACAGAACUCAGAGGUCGGCGAAGAGGAAGACGUCGCAGACACCCCAUCCCCGAAAGCUACCAAGCGGGCCAAACCAAAAGCUUCUUCAACGUCCCGCAAACGCCGCAAGACGAGCACAGAGAGCGACGCGAAUGGCGAUGUCAAUGAUGAGGAGGCAAGGGACGUAACGACCAAAGGAACCAAAUUGAAAACCACAGAGAGCCCCAGACCUGGUUUGUCCGAGGAGAAGGUUGUGGACGACUCUGAUGAAAGCAAAGACGAUACCAAGCCAUCCGAGCAAAUGGCAGAAGCGGCCGGUGAUUCAGAGAGUGAAAUGUCAGUGGUUCUGGAUGAAGAACCUCAGCCGAAACGUCAGCGACAAAAGAAGAGCACCGGAGCUGCUUCUGCAAAGGGAAAGAAGAAGACGCCUGCCAAAGCAAAGGAUGCAGACCUAGACGCUAACCAGGCGGAAAUAAAGCGGUUGCAAGGAUGGUUGAUCAAGUGCGGGAUUCGCAAAAUGUGGGCACGAGAGCUGGCUCCUUACGAUACACCCAAGGCAAAGAUCAAGCACCUCAAGGACAUGCUGAAAGACGUGGGAAUGGAAGGGCGGUACUCAUUGGAGAAGGCCAAACAGAUCAAGGAGGAACGUGAACUGCGUGAGGACAUUGAAAUGGUACAAGAAGAAGCAAAGCGCUGGGGUAAAGACACUGCAGAAGACGGCAGUGAUAGCGGUCCUCGUCGCCGUUUGAAUCGAGGUCGAAAGGCCCUUGCCUUUCUCGAAAGCGAGGGAGAGGAAACUGACUGA